CAGGUACUUCCCAAGGUAUACGGAUACUGCGUGGUCGAGCAGACAAAAUUCUGCCGUCUUGACAGUUGGGAGACCCUCGCAUCCGAAGUGGUUACGGCAGGGUAGCUUUUCGUCUCGUGUACCUCCUCCCUCCACUGCGCCUUUUUUCCAGGCAACUGCAGAUUUUCCUGUAUUUUGGCAACUGUCAGCACGCUGCGAUAAUAAUCCUUGGCCAGUGGAGAAACCACAAAGUUAACACCAUUCCUUUUGCUGCGCGAUUCUUAGCAUGUCCUUUCUGCCUGUUCCACUCGCUUCCCUGUGGGCGGGAACGCAAGAAGGCCUGCAAAGUCUAGCGGGCACAGCACAGAGCCAGGACUGGGCGCACCUUGCAGAAUACCUGAUGCUGCCAGUCUCCAAAUACCUGUGGUUGUUCCCCGACAACGUGAAGAGUGGAGUGGCCCUCACCGCCGCCCAGCAGGGAGACAGGCUUUUCCCAUCCUCGCAUCACUUGGUCUACGGGGUGUGGGUGGCUGUGGUCCUAUGUUUUUUGCGGGCAGUUUUGGACCGG